AUGUCUACCCUCCCACCUCUCCUCACCGACAAAGUCGUCGCAAUCACUGGCGGCCUCACCGGCAUCGGACGCGCCAUAGCGGUAUCCUUUGUCUCGCACGGCGCAAAAGUAGCCAUCAAUUACCUUCCCUCCCAUAGCAACAACCAUGGAACCAAUGAUGACGAGCUGAUGUCCUCGCUUCGGAAAGAAGCAUCUGAUACCCUCCACGCCCGACGCUCUCAUAACAGACUCCCAGAUGAAGACGACCAAAAACUUCGAGACAUAACCGGAGUACCUGUCAUCUUCGUGCCCGGCGACAUCUCCCAGCCCUCCACCUCGACAGAGCUAAUCCAGAAAACAGUAAACACCUUCCACCGCCUCGACAUCUUCAUCUCCAACGCCGGGAUCUGCAAAUUCGAAGACUUCCUCAACAUUGAACCUUCCCUGUUCCAAUCCCACAUAAACACCAACCUCUCCGGCGCUUUCUACGCCGUCCAAGCCGCCGCAAAACAGAUGGUGCAGCAGACAGGCCCGCAGGGGGGGUCGAUCAUAACCAUCUCGAGUAUCUCCGCCCUGGUUGGUGGCGCGCAGCAGACGCAUUACACGCCCACCAAGGCAGGGGUGUUGAGCUUGAUGCAAAGCACGGCGUGCGCGUUGGGCAAGUAUAAUAUCAGAUGUAAUGCGCUGCUUCCGGGCACGAUCCGGACGCAGUUGAAUGACGAGGACUUGAGGGAUGGGUCUGAGAAGAAGAUGUAUAUGGAGCGGAGAGUCCCGCUGGGGAGGUUGGGGAGGCCCGAGGAUAUGGCGGGGCCGGCGCUGUUUCUAGCUUGUUCAGAGUUGAGUGGCUAUGUGAGCGGGGCGAGUUUGUUGGUUGAUGGUGGAUUGUUCGUUAAUCUGCAAUGA